AUGAAUAGCAUCAAUCAACACAUCCUUUUCUGGCUCAACGACCUCCCUCCUCAUUUCUCUUCCUCGGCACAGUCCAUUUCCAAGAAACGCUCCCUCUCCGACGCCAAUCUCCCCAUCUCGCCGCCGCUCUCCCUCGACCGCGGUGCCGCCUCAACCAUAGAUGGCACACCCGUGAAGAAGCGCAAGCUCGGUGUCGUGCCUUUCCUUGCUGCGCAGACAGACAGCGAUGGGAUUGGCGCGAGUGAGAUCAUUGUUGAGGACGACAACGAUGAGAUUUCACGACCUGAUCGAUCAGUCACCGCCACUGGCUCUUCCCAAAGGAGCAGCGGUACGGUGAAGCAGUUGUCGCCUAAGAAGGUUAUGUCCAAGCUUUCGGUCACACCCAAUGGGCUCAUGCAGAAACCGCUCAAGGCAUCGGAUCCAUUGGGCCCGAAGUCUCUGGUGCAACUUGAGAAGGAGAUGGAGAGUAUCGCGGAUGGACACGGCGUUGUCCCCGAGUAUUUCCAAGCUGAGAUGUGUGGCAAGACCAUUGAUGAUGGCGAUUUCACUACCGGCAUGUUCGACAAGAAUGGGGCGAAGUACUCGGACUCUCAUCGCGAAGUCAACCUUUACGACAUCAUUGCAAUCGUGGCCAGCGCCAAUACCUGUAAGGAAGAUCUCCUGGACGAGCAUACCUGGAACAAUCAUGUUCACACUCCCCUCCUCAACACCGCCUUCUACGGAAAAUAUCCUUGCCCUCCGCAGCUCGAUGGCUUCCUGACCUGCACCACCGCCACCAUCUUUCCUGAGUACAAGAUCAAAGCUGCCCCUGGCAAAAAGGUCAACUACGUCGCUUACAUCAACCCCGACAACGACAAAGCCCAUCCGAACGCCAGAGCCAUUAUCGAUAAGUAUCGCGCCAACUUUGCAGAGGAGUCCAUCAACCAUACUGGCUAUCGCAAGGUCACACCCAUCUCCUUCAGCAUCGAGACCAAGCGCAGCGGCCAGGACGUGCAAAAGGCACAACUUCACUUGGGGAAUCUGUCCUUUAUCCCUGGUAUCAUCGUCGAGGGACAUCAGUGGCGAUUCGUGGCGUUUACUUAUGUUGGUGGAAAGACUAUCCUUUGGAAGACUGACCGACCUUUUGGCUCGACUGGGAAGCUAUCUACAACCUUCCGAAUCAUCGCCGGCAUCCAGCGGUUGAGAACCUGGUCGUCUCAAGUCUUCUGGCCUUGGUACACGGAGUUUGUGCUUAACCCCUAG